GAGAGGGGUCCGGCGCCCAGCGAGCGAAUAAAGCUCCGCAGCCGGAAGUGUCUUCAGAGCGGCGUCGCACCCGGAAGUGUGGCAAGACAGCCGCCACACCCGGAAGUGUAAUGCUUCCGCGGCUACGGGAAGUAAUGAUACCUGGCCAAUUGAGAUACGGAGUUAAAACAGGGAUGUGCAGAUGGAGGCCGGAGGAGAUACUGCUGCCCCAGCCCCCGGGGACGCGGAGGACUUGGAGGAGAUGCGGUUCCCUAGUGAGGAGGCUAGAGACGGUGGCGGGGUUCACAAGGACCUACCCGAUCCUGGAGAUGCGAGCGUGGAGAAAACAGGAUCCGAGACCAAGGACCAGCCACCUGGCCUGCUGCUCCAGUCAGAGGCUCCAUCAUGCACCUAUGGGCUCUGGGGUUCUGCAGCCUCUGAGAGCAGUCCCAUGGGUGGCCCUGAGAGUGGCUCAGGGGGCCAGGGCGGGGACCCCAGUGACGAGGACUGGCGCAGCAAGCGGAAGCACGUGUUUGUGCUGAGUGAGGCAGGCAAGCCCAUCUACUCGCGGUAUGGUAGCGUGGAGGCACUGUCCACUACCAUGGGUGUGAUGACAGCCCUCGUGUCCUUUGUGCAGAGUGCAGGAGAUGCCAUUCGCGCCAUCUAUGCUGAGGACCACAAGCUGGUGUUCCUCCAGCAGGGCCCACUGCUGCUGGUGGCCGUGUCAAGGACUCCUCAGUCAGCAGCCCAGCUGCGGGGGGAGCUGCUGGCCGUGCACGCGCAGAUCGUGAGCACCCUGACGCGCGCCAGCGUGGCCCGCAUCUUCGCGCGCAAGCAGAACUACGACCUCCGCCGCCUGCUGGCCGGCUCGGAGCGCACGCUCGACCGGCUUCUGGACAGCGUGGAGCGGGACCCGGGGACCCUACUCCUGGGCGCCGUGCGCUGCGUGCCUCUCGCCCGGCCGCUGCGGGAGGCGCUGGGUGCGCUGCUCCGGCGCUGCACGGCGCCUGGCCUGGCCCUCUCGGUGCUGGCGGUCGGCGGCCGCCUUGUGACAGCAGCCCAGGAGCGGACUGUGCUGGCCGAGUGCCGGCUGGACCCGGCCGACCUGCAGUUGCUGCUGGACUGGGUGGGGGCACCGGCCUUCGCGGCGGGCGAGGCCUGGGCGCCGGUGUGCCUGCCCCGCUUCAAUCCCGAUGGUUUCUUCUACGCCUACGUGGCCCGCCUGGACGCCAUGCCUGUCUGCCUGCUGCUGCUGGGCACCGACCCCGAGGCCUUCCAUGACAUGGCCACCUGCCGGCGCCUGGUCGAAGACGGCAUGCACUCCCUUGGGGCCAUGCGCGCCCUCAGGGAGGCCGCCAGCUUCUCUAACGCCCCAUCGGCCAAUGCCUCUGCCUACAGUGUGCAGGCUGUAGGGGCCCCCGGCCUCCGGCACUUCCUCUACAAGCCGCUGGACAUCCCCGACCAUCACCGCCAGCUGCCCCAGUUUACCAGCCCGGAGCUGGAGGCCCCGUACAGCAGAGAGGAGGAGCGACAGCGCCUGUCGGACCUGUACCACCGCCUGCAUGCGCGUCUCCAUAACACUGCUCGGCCCCUGCGCCUCAUUUACCACGUGGCUGAGAAGGAGACGCUGCUGGCCUGGGUGACCUCCAAAUUUGAGCUGUAUACCUGCCUCAGCCCCUUGGUGACCAAGGCAGGUGCCAUCCUUGUAGUGACCAAACUCCUGCGCUGGGUGAAGAAAGAGGAAGAUCGGCUCUUCAUUCGUUACCCCCCCAAGUACUCCACACCCGCAGCAGCCCCAGCUGCUUCCACGGACCAGGCUUCCCAUAACGGCUUGUUUACUGGACCUUGAGAGGCAGAGCUCCCAGACUGGGCAGUGUUGAUGACCACCACCUUUGGCUUUUACUUUCUGUCUCCACCCUGAAAAUUGGGGGGGGGGGGGGGGGGCGUCUGUGGUUUGUCCCUAUCUCCCCCCGGCAAUGGAGCAAGAUCCAGGGGACUGCCCACAAAUGAGAGACGGGUGGCAGUGUGAUCGUACACAGGUGAGCAGGCUGCUUCCUCCCCAGCCUCUCCUGCCCUUCCACCUUGGGGAAAUCCUUAAGACUCCCUCUUCCCCUCCCUCUGCCUCACCUCCUCCACCUGGAUGACGUUCCAGCCUCUGUCAGGGACCGUCUCCUCCAAUCCUGGGCACCAAAACCUCUGUCCUGCAUCAGGGCUCGGCCUCCUCCAUAGGAUCUCAGCGCUGAGUGUCCAGGGCUGGCCAAGGCCUCCUGGGUGGCCCACGGGGGUUCUGGAAUUGGAAAUGCAGGACCAGCCUGUGCCCAGAAACGGCCUGAGGAUAUUUUAAAGAAAAAAACUGCACAUAAAAAGGCCUAAAACCAGUCCCCACAAGGAUAUUCCUUUGCCCUUCAUGUAGUUCAUCUUUACCUGCUCAAAAAUGACCCCCAUCAGUGUUGGCUGCUGCUAAUAUUAAUAAGGUGGCCUCCAGCGUCUACCUGUCUGUGUAACCUGGGGCAAAGCACCUGACUUCACACCGUGGCCAAGACCCAGAAUUUUUACAUAAAUCCACUUACCUUCCACAGCUCAUUCUACUCUUUCAUGAAACGGAGAAAACUAACCUCUCAUAGGCCGUUAAGUGAGGAUUUGUGAGCGAAAAGGGACGCAAACGCUUGCGUACCACCGCACUGUUCAUGCACAUUUGUCCCACACUUUCACAACCUGCAAAACACAAGCAACCUACAGAAGGAGAUAGCGAGACCUGCCUGUAAUUUCUUUGCGUGCGCGUGCAUGCAACACUCACUCUCCAACGUCCAGGACUAGUUCUGCCUCUGUUUUCGCAAACCCGGCGUUGCAGGCCUGGUGGUGCACGUGUGCAUACUGUCAGGGGGCGGGGGGAGCGCUCGUGGCGGUCCACUUCCGGCAGCUGACAGCCCAUCGCUCCCCACUCUGUUGAGCUGAUGCGCAGAAACUUGCUGGGCGCAUGCGCACUGCGCAGGCUUUCCGCCCUCACGUGAUUUUUUUUAAACCAAUCAUCGUCCAAAGCGCACACGCGUCUGUCGCGCUCUGGAAAAUGGCGGGGAAACUGGAGCCUUCGGAAGUGGGGCCGCCGGAAAUCCCUGAGAAGGCUGAAGGUAGCGAGGGCAAGCGGUCCUCUGGCGGCCAGGGUAGAAGGGAGGGAGGCUUCGUCCCCUUACAAUAAAGAAAUAUCGAUAGCAGUACAAAAAAAAAAGAAAAGGAAAAAAAGGUAAAAUUGUAAGACAAAAAAAAAACGCUCUUCCACAAAGUGGAGAUAAAUAACGUAUAUUCUCAGCAUCUAGAUGAACUGUUGUCAGCUUUAUUGGCUAUAUUGCUUACAUAUUUUACAGUAAACAAUAGACUAAAUACUUAAGUAUUCAUCUCGUCACAAAAAGGGGUGGAUGGCCUCACAAAACCCACUUAACUGCUGCCACAGCUUAGAAAAUUAAUAGUAAUUCCCCAAUAUCAUCAUUUCACACCCAGCCCAUAUCACACUUUGCAUGGACUCUUAAAUCUUAAUCGUGAAUGGCCACUCCCACAGACGGCUUCUUUUCUCCAGGGCAUCUUGGUGAUAUUGACACGUCACACACCAGGGAGAGGAAAAACAAAAUUGUCCUAGAGGGAGUUGGAAAGUGCAGCCUAGCCACAAGAAGAAAAUCUCCCAAGACAGUGAUCCCCUGCUAAGCCAAUAUCAUUUUUUUUUUAAUUAUAGAAAUUUUCAAAAUGUAGCACAGCACAGAAACUAGCAUGAUGAAUGCCCGUGUACCCACUGUUUCAACAGUUGUUGACUCUUUGCCCUCCUUUUGUCUGUCUCUGACCCCUCUUCCUACACACUCUUUACACCACCGUAUUAAUAAAUGCAUUGGAUCGCA